CAGGACCUCACGCAGGAACUGAAGCUCAAGCCAAAUGCCUGGAUUGAAACAGAAAGGACCAGGAAAUGUCAAGCCCCCUCACUAUAAUCCUGGCAGCUCUCUGCUUCCUGUUUCUCCAACCCAGUUGUAAUGGCAGCAAGAUUCUGGUAGUGCCUGUAGAUGGCAGCCACUGGAUCAACAUGGAGGUGAUCCUCCGAAAACUGCACUCCAGAGGCCACGACCUCACUGUGCUGCGCUCUGCCAAAAGUUGGUACAUUCCCAGUAAUUCUUCCAUUUAUACUUCUAUUGAUGUGCCCAUGCUGGAGGAUGAGUCAGAUAAAGAGUACUACAAUAAUAUGCUACAAGAGGUUAUGAAGUGCCGGAAGUUCCCCGCUUUUAUACGCACCUUUUACCAACAACGUUUGAUCACAGACAUGUUGGCAUUGGGCCAUCGGGUCCUUGCUAAAGCAGCUGCCACAAUGUUGGAUGACCCUGUUUUUGUGAAGAAGCUGCAGGAUGCCAAAUAUGACUUAAUGUUAACUGACCCUGCUCUGACAAUAGGGGUUCUUCUGGGUGGUUACCUCAAAUUGCCGAUGGUUUUCAAUGUGCGCUGGAUUAAUACUGGAGAGAGCCAUUUCACCAUAGCUCCUUCCCCUGUCUCCUAUGUCCCUGUGCCAGGAAGUGAACUUCACGAUCGGAUGGAUUUUUUGGAGCGGACAAAGAAUAUGUUACAUUAUCUUUAUAGUGUUGUUGAACAGCAUGUUUACAUUAAUCCUGUGUAUUCAGAUCUGAUGCAGCGACACUUCCCUCCUGGUACAAACCUGCUUUCUUUGCAGCGUGCUGCAGAUAUCUGGCUGGUGAGGGAAGAUUUUGUCUUUGAGUUCCCUCGGCCGACCAUGCCCAAUGUGGUUUACAUAGCGGGGUUCCAGUGUAAAAAGGCCAGCCCCCUCCCUGCUGAUCUGGAGGCCUUCGUGCAGAGCUCCGGGGAGCAUGGGGUGGUGGUCAUGACCUUUGGGACAUUUGUGUCAGCCUUGCCUCGUGAGACCACAGAGGCAAUUGCUGCUGCUUUUGCUCAGCUUCCUCAGAAGGUGGUGUGGAAGUUUAGGGGGGAAAAGCCUUCAACUUUGGGGAACAACACCCUGCUGGUGGACUGGCUGCCUCAGAACGACCUCCUGGGACACCCCAAGACCCGUGCCUUUGUAGCCCACGGAGGCACUAACGGCAUGUAUGAGGCCAUCUACCACGGCGUCCCAGUUCUGGGCCUGCCGCUCCUCUUUGACCAGUUUGAUAAUGUACUCCGUCUAAAGGUGCGUGGUGCAGCUCGGAUGUUGGAGGCCACAUCACUCACCAAAGACAACUUCCAGGAGGCUAUAACAGACAUCCUGGAGACUCCUUCAUUCCACAACAACAUGAAGCGUCUCUCUCGGCUACACGUUGACCUUCCAAUGUCUCCUAUGGAUACUGCCAUCUUUUGGAUUGAGUAUGUCAUCAGGAACCAAGGAGCAGCUCACCUGCGCUCAGAAGCUUUUAGUCUGCCUUGGUACUCCUACUUCUGCCUGGAUGUGCUUGUUUUCAUCAUGUCCCUCAUUGGAGCCUUUAUCUGGGCUUCAAUCUUAGUCUGCAGGAUUCUCUGCUGCCGGAGGUCCAGGAGAAAAAUGAAAGGAGAGUAACUAAUUGGAAGAUAACUCAUGCUGAGUGACUGCCAAACAAGUUGAACAGUGGCUGACAUGCAUUUACAUGUUUAGAAACUGUUUACGGAAAAUAAAGGUUUUAAUCAUUA